GCAGAGCCAGUCGGCACUCACUGCGAGCUGCGAGCUGCGAGCUGCGCUGUGGAGGCACUUGGCUGAGAGCUGCGGAGGAAGUCAGACAGCACUCUCUGAGAGCCUUGUUGCCAGCCAGGCAGCAGUGCUCGCUGAGAGCUGCCGAGAGAUCCAGGCAGCACUCGCUGAGCGCUCUGGUGCCAGCCAGGCAGCGCUCGCUGAGAGCUGCGGAGAGAAUCCGCAGCUGUCUUUCAGAGCGGCAGGGUGAGCCAGGCAGCGGAGCUGGCUUCCCACAGAGCUCGCGAUGGAUGGGGAUCCUCCUGGACCGCCACGUCGGCAUUCUCAACACUGGAAGAAAAAACGCAGCAAUCGGAGACGGGCAGCUAGCAGUCAAGCAAGGGACAUGUCGCAGCUAAGUACGAACCCGGGUGAUUCCAGCCCUCCGGAGUCCCCUGUGCCACCAGUCCAUAGCCGCCCUACAGUACUGAUGCGGGCUCCGCCUGCUUCCUCCCGGGCUCCUCCAGUCCCUUGGGAUCCACCUCCAGUGGACUUGCAGACUCCCCUGGCUUCAUGGCAGGCUCCUCAGGCUGCCUGGGAGGCUCCAGAGGGCCAGUUGCCUGCCCCAGUGGCUCAGCUGGCCCAGCCUCCUGCUCUAGGGGCCCCAAUGGUCCAGGCUCCCCCUCUGGGGGGGGCGAUGGCCAAGCCUCCAACUCCUGGAGUCUUGAUGGUCCAUCCGCCCCCUCCGGGAGCCCCAAUGGCCCAGCCAUCAACUCCAGGAGUCCUGAUGCUUCAUCCUUCUGUCCCGGGGGCCCCUUUGGCUCAUCCUCCUCCCCCAGGAAGCCAAAUGACACACCCUCCUCCUCCUCCUGGGACCCCGAUGGCGCACCCUCUUCCUGGGACCCCAAUGGCCCACCCUCCUCCUCCUCCUCCUCCCCCUCCUCCUCCUCCUCCACCACCUCCUCCUCCUGGGACCCCUAUGGCCCACCCUCCUCCUCCUCCUGGGACCCCUAUGGCCCAUCCUCUUCCACCUGGGAACCCGAUGGUUCAUCCUCUGUCUCCUGGAACCCCGAUGGUCCAUCCCCCCCCACCUGGAACUUCAAUGCCGCACGCUCCAAUUCCGGGGACACCGAUAGCCCAGCAACCAACUCCAGGAGUCCUGAUGGCCCAGCAGCUGACACCGGGAGUCCUGAUGGUCCAGCCUCCUGCUCCAGGAGCUCCGAUGGUCCAGCCUGCUCCACCAGCUGCCUUGAUGACCCAGCCUUCACCUUCGAUAACUACGAUGGCCAAGCCUCCAGGUCCUGGUGUCGUGAUGAUCCAUUCUCCAGGUUCCAGAGUUCCAGUCAUUCAGCCUCCAGUGUCAGGAGCACCGAUGGCACAGCCAGUGUUGCCCCCAGGGCAGCCUCUGACUUCGUGGGCCCCACAGGGUCAGCCUUUGAUCCUGCAAAUCCAGUCUCAAGUCAUAAGGGCUCCUCAACAGGUUCCCCCUGCCCCAUCAACCCCACAGGUGCAACUGGGUACAGGCCCUAGCUGGCAAGCCACCACACCCAACUGGCAGGUGACCCCCCAGGGUUGGCAGGGGACGCCCUUGAACUGGCAGGGCACGCAGGUCUCUUUGCAGGCCCCCGCAAUAGCCUGGCAGGCCCCUCCUAUGCGCCAGGGGUUCCCACCUAUUCGUCCUGGUCCCGCACCCAUUCGACCUGGAGCGCCUGCAAUACUCCGCCAGAUGCCAACUGUGAUUCGUCAGGCCCCAUCACUGAUGCGGCAAAUCCCACCAUUGAUACGCCAGGCCCCUCUACCUAUCAGACAAGCUACACAUGGCAUAGCAAGCCAGACUCAUCUGUGGCAAGUCCUGCCACCCCCACCUCCACUGCGCCAGGCUCCACAUACUCGUCUGCUGAUCCCCAGGAUGCCAGGGGGACCUCAUGUGGCUACAGCACCACAAGUUACUCAGAUACAUUUGGUGCCACAGGCAGGCCUACAAGUGCCCCAGACAUUGUUCCCAGCAUCACUGUCUAUCACAAUUCCUGUGCCCCAGGCUGUCCCUCAGUCUGGUCCCCGAGGUAUGCAUUGCCCAACCAUCAUCUGGCAGGCCCCCAAAGGCCAGCCCCCGGCGCCACAGGAGCUCCAGGUGCCAGAGGAGCUCCAGGUGCCAGAGGAGCUCCAGGUGCCAGAGGAGCUCCAGGUGCCAGAGGAGGUCCCGGUGCCUGAGGAGGUCCCGGUGCCUGAGGAGGUCCCGGUGCCUGAGGAGGUCCCGGUGCCUGAGGAGGUCCCGGUGCCAGAGGAGGUCCCGGUGCCAGAGGAGGUCCCGGUGCCUGAGGAGGUCCAGGUGCCACAGGAGGUCCCGGUGCCACAGGAGGUCCCAGUGCCACAGGAGGUCCCGGAGCCACAGGAGGUCCCAGGGUCGUCGGAGUUCCAGGAGGUACAGCAGGCCCGGGCAAUGGGCUGGCAGGCACCCAAGGCACCCACUCACUUCUGGCAGCCUGCGCCUGCCCAGGAGGCCCAGGAGCAGGCCACGCCGCUCACCCAUGUGGAGCAGCAGCAGCAGCAGCAGCAGCCCUUUCGGGGAGUUCCAGCCUCCCACAGAAGCCGGCAUACUCGGAGGCCUACCCACCAGGCCCAAGCCACAGGCCUGCAGGCAGAACUGCCCUCAGUACAACCGCAGCCUUCUUGGCAAGGCCCACCCCCAACCGCGCAGGCACAGCCCGGAGCCUCCAGAGCACCAACCAAUUUUCCCAGGGGCCCCGCUAGGUCACACAUGACUCCGUCAGGAGAACCUGGCCCCUCUUCUCUAGAGCCUAGGGGCCCUCCUAGAGAUCGUAGGUCCUCUGCAAGGGACAGAAAGGGCCCUCCAAAAGAUCGCAUGAUAAUUGGUGCCACAUUCUGUGCUCCAAGGGCAACAUCAGCGUCCAGGGCUUACCUGCCAACUGCUUGGAGAAACUUGCCUGCCACAUCAGAGAACUUAGCUGCCACUGCAAGGGUCUUUCCACCUACCUCUCAUUUUCAGGCUGCCUCUUCUAAUGCCUUUAGAGGUCCAUCAGCCACCUCAGAGAGCCCAAAGUCACUGCCAUUUGCUCUGCAGGAUCCUUAUGCCUGUGUAGAGGCCCUGCCUGCAGUUCCCUGGGUUCCAUUUCCUGAGGUGAAUGCCUCCUCAGCAUGUAAGGCAGUGCCUGCCAUCCUGAUGGUGACAGCAGCUGCCCCCCAGGCAAGUGCCACUAUUCCAGAGGCCUCCAAGUCUGCAGAGCCACCACGGCGCUCUGGCAAAGCCACCAGGAAGAAGAAGCAUCUGGAGCCCAAAGAGGAGGAUUGUGGCCAUAGGAUGACCUCACGCGACUGGCGGGGGCCCCGACCCUGUGAGAGUACCAGGCAGAAUGACUGGGAGAUCCAAAGGGCAAUGCAGCUUCUGGGGGACCGAGACUCCUUCUACACUCCCCAGGGUACCUAGAGCACAGGCAAGUCCCGUUCACGGAGUCAGCAGAAUACGAGCUUCUCUGAGGGCCGCGCGCAUUCCUCGAGACCAACCAGGUGCACAUCUUGAGAUUUUCGGCCGCGAACCAGGCCCAGACAUGGACAUCCCAGUACCUUGAGUCACUGACGGCGUUGGAAUACAAGGACACGUACGAGACAUCCCAGUACCUUGAGUCACUGUCGGCGUUGGAAUACAAGGACUCGAACGAGGAGCCCAGUGACAGUGAUGAUGACACCCAUAACCCCACCAGCAGUCCCCAUCCUCAUUAAUAGGUGUUACCAAGAUGAACUGAUGAACUUAUCCCUGUGGGGUACCAGGCCAAAGGCAACUGACAAUGGGGGGAGGGGGGAACAUUGUGCUUUCUGGUGUUUUUGGUAUUGAUCUGUGUGUGUAAGUUUGAAUUUUCAGCCUGUUUUUAUAUUUGCCAAAGCUUUGUACACUUUUGUGAGGUGUUGAUUUAAACUGGCUGCUCUACUGUUUUGUAUUUUGGCCUCUGUAUUUUUAAAUGAGAUCUGUGGUUCCCUGUUUUGUGUUCUAGUUGUUAUGUUGUGGUAUCAGAGUCGUGCUACCUUUGUGAAAUGAAGUGACAGUCCAUCCGUCUUGUUCUGUUUAAGUGAAAUCAUACUAGAAUGUUCUUUGGUUGUUAACAUGACUCAUCAGUAAAAUACAGUCUGGAGAAAUCUAUAUCUAUAUAAAUUUACU